CCGGGCCGCUGGAGCCCGGUCUCAUGCGGCCGCCCCCUCCCGGGUCCUGUCUUCGCGGGCUCCAGGCUCCCCAUCAACCCGGGCAGCCGGGAUUUAAAUUCACGGUGGCUGAGUCUUGCGACAGGAUCAAAGACGAAUUCCAGUUCCUGCAAGCUCAAUACCACAGCCUCAAAGUGGAGUACGACAAGCUCGCCAACGAGAAGACGGAGAUGCAGCGCCAUUACGUGAUGUACUAUGAGAUGUCCUAUGGCUUGAACAUUGAAAUGCACAAGCAGACAGAGAUUGCGAAGAGACUGAAUACCAUUCUAGCGCAGAUCAUGCCGUUCCUGUCUCAAGAGCACCAGCAGCAGGUGGCGCAGGCGGUGGAACGCGCCAAGCAGGUCACCAUGACGGAGCUGAAUGCCAUCAUCGGGCAGCAGCUCCAGGCACAGCACCUCUCCCACGCCACGCACGGCCCCCCAGUGCAGCUGCCGCCCCACCCGUCAGGCCUCCAGCCUCCAGGGAUCCCCCCGGUGACGGGGAGCAGCUCGGGGCUGCUGGCGCUGGGCGCCCUGGGCAGCCAGGCCCACCUGACAGUGAAGGACGAGAAGAACCACCACGAACUCGACCACCGAGAGAGAGAAUCCAGUGCGAAUAACUCGGUGUCGCCCUCGGAGAGCCUGCGGGCCAGUGAGAAGCACCGGGGCUCGGCCGACUACAGCAUGGAGGCCAAGAAGCGGAAGGCAGAGGAGAAGGACAGCCUGAGCCGAUACGACAGUGACGGGGACAAGAGUGAUGACCUGGUGGUGGACGUUUCCAACGAGGACCCCACGACGCCCCGGGUCAGCCCAGCUCACUCCCCCCCUGAGAACGGGCUGGACAAGGCCCGGGGCCUGAAGAAGGACGCCCCUACCAGCCCCGCCUCGGUGGCCUCUUCCAGCAGCACACCGUCCUCCAAGACCAAAGACCUUGGUCAUGUGCGUGGGGUUUGCCAGCAGGGUGGAAGGGGCUGGGGAGGGAGACGGCGGGAGGGGUUGGGGGUGGAGCUGGGAUUGCUGAUCAGAGGGUGGGGAGGUAAUGACAAGUCCUCCACUCCGGGGCUCAAGUCCAACACCCCAACACCCAGGAACGAUGCCCCGACUCCAGGCACCAGCACGACCCCAGGGCUGCGGUCGAUGCCAGGCAAACCUCCGGGCAUGGACCCGAUAGCCUCUGCCCUGCGUACGCCCAUCUCCAUCACCAGCUCCUACGCCACACCCUUCGCCAUGAUGAGCCACCACGAGAUGAACGGCUCCCUCACCAGCCCUGGUGCCUACGCGGGCCUUCACAACAUCCCGCCCCAGAUGAGUGCCGCCGCGGCCGCCGCCGCCGCCGCCUACGGCCGGUCACCAAUGGUGGGCUUUGACCCUCACCCCCCGAUGCGGGCCACGGGACUGCCCUCCAGCCUGGCCUCCAUCCCUGGAGGAAAACCUGCCUACUCCUUCCACGUGAGCGCCGAUGGGCAGAUGCAGCCAGUGCCCUUCCCCCACGACGCCCUGGCGGGACCUGGCAUCCCUCGGCACGCCCGGCAGAUCAACACCCUCAGCCACGGGGAAGUGGUGUGUGCUGUGACCAUCAGCAACCCCACGCGGCACGUCUACACAGGGGGCAAGGGCUGCGUGAAGAUCUGGGACAUCAGCCAGCCGGGCAGCAAGAGCCCCAUCUCCCAGCUGGACUGCCUGAACAGGGACAACUACAUCCGCUCCUGCAAGCUGCUUCCCGAUGGGCGCACGCUGAUCGUGGGCGGUGAGGCCAGCACGCUCACCAUCUGGGACCUGGCGUCGCCCACGCCACGCAUCAAGGCCGAGCUCACAUCCUCCGCACCCGCCUGUUACGCCCUGGCCAUCAGCCCCGACGCCAAAGUCUGCUUCUCUUGCUGCAGUGAUGGGAACAUCGCUGUCUGGGACCUGCACAACCAGACCCUGGUCAGGCAGUUCCAGGGCCACACGGAUGGAGCCAGCUGCAUAGACAUCUCCCACGAUGGCACCAAGCUGUGGACUGGGGGCCUGGACAACACCGUGCGCUCCUGGGACCUGCGGGAGGGUCGGCAGCUGCAGCAGCAUGACUUCACAUCCCAGAUCUUUUCUCUGGGCUACUGCCCCACCGGGGAGUGGCUGGCCGUGGGCAUGGAGAGCAGCAACGUGGAGGUGCUGCACCAUACCAAGCCCGACAAGUACCAGCUGCACCUGCAUGAGAGCUGCGUGCUGUCCCUCAAGUUUGCCUACUGUGGCAAGUGGUUCGUGAGUACCGGGAAGGACAACCUCCUAAACGCGUGGAGGACGCCCUACGGGGCCAGCAUAUUCCAGUCGAAAGAAUCCUCGUCUGUCUUGAGUUGUGACAUUUCAGCAGAUGACAAGUAUAUCGUGACGGGCUCUGGUGACAAGAAGGCCACAGUUUAUGAGGUCAUCUACUAAUCACGGACUGCAGCAGGGCUGUCAGACUCUGGGAGGAUGCGGCUCGGCGCUGACAGGGGGACCCCGCCGGCCCCAUGUGGCAGGGGACGGGCCGCAGCAGCCAGGCAUCCCAGGGCUGUGCUCUG